CUCUUUGAUUUGCAGCUCUGCAACAACAAAAUACAAAACACUAAUAAAUUAAAGAAAAAAUAAAAAAUAAAAAAUGGCGAAAUUGAUAUCUCAAGGGAUUCUCACUCCCUCCGCAUCUCUUCUUUCCCCAUCUACCCACUCUCACAAAAAAUCACUAUUCCCACCCCAAUCUUUUGCUAUUUCAACCAAACACGUCACUAAAUCUAAAUCCCUUCUUCCAGGAAACCCUAGUCGCCCACCAUCGCUUGCGACCACGGCGGCCUCCACCGCCGCCGCCGCCGUCGUGCCUGAUGACGUGGCGGAUGUACUCGGGGAAGUUAGCAUCUUCACCGCCGCCGGCGAGCCCGUCAAAUUCAAGGACCUCUGGGAUCAACAGGAGGGAACGGCCGUUGUCGCACUUUUGAGACAUUUUGGAUGUUUUUGUUGCUGGGAGCUUGCGUUAGCACUCAGAGAAUCGAAGGAGAAAUUUGAAUCCGCCGGUGUGAAACUAAUUGCUGUUGGUAUUGGUACUCCCGACAAAGCUCAACUUCUCGCUGAACGAUUACCAUUUCCUUUGGAUUCCCUCUAUUGUGAUCCCGAUCGUAAGGCGUACGAACUUUUGGGCUUGUAUUUUGGUUUUCGUCGUACAUUUCUCAAUCCAGCUAGUACCAAAGUGUUUUCGAGAUUUGAGGAAGUGAAAAAGGCUACGAAGAACUACACUAUCAAAGCCACCCCAGACGAUACAAGUAGCGUCCUGCAACAGGGAGGGAUGUUUGUGUUUAAAGGAAAGCAGUUAUUAUACGCAAGAAAGGACGAAGGAACGGGCGAUCACGCUCCGUUGGACGAUAUCUUUGAAAUUUGCUGCAACGUUUCUUCUGCGUGAGGAAUAAUAUUUUGUUUUUGUUUUUAAUUAGUCCACAAUUUGUUAGUAAUCUUGUAUUAGUGUAUGCAUUAAUGUGAUGUGUAUACAUACAUAUAUGCUCCUUAUAAAUACUUGUAUAAAGAACCAUACAUUGUUGAGUACUUGGGAAUGUAAAAUUUGUUAUGCAUUAACGUGUGUAUACAUAUGUACUCCUGUUUA